AUGCCAGAUCCAUGCCAGCCCCUUGCCAGCCCCCUCUCAGUGGACCAGAUGAGCGGGGAGCAGGCGCCCGGCCCCAAGGAGCAGGAGUGGGCAGGCCCGGAGGCGCUGUGCCCGGGCUGGCUGGAGGACGAGGUCCCUGAUGGCGAGGUGCCCGAGGACAGCGGGGACCCCGACUCUGCCACCCACGCCUACGAGCUGCUCCAGAGGGCCCUGUGCCAGGAGGGGCUGCCCCCCACACUGGACCGCUCCGCAGAGCCCCGCACGGGAUUUGGCCCGCUGGACAUGACCGUCUGCAUCCUGGGCUCUCCCACCGCCUUCCUGCCCGUCCUGCUGGAGGGUGGCACCCGCUGCCCAGGUGCCAUGGUGCUGUGCCUGUCACCCUCCUGGGCCAAGCGGGUGCCCUCGGAGACCUCCCCGGGCGCCUGGUCCCUGCUGCUCUCCCGGGGGGUCUCCUUCCAGGCGGGGGGUCACAGCACCCUGGAGACCUUCGUGCCCCCCCGCCGGGCCAACUACGUGACGGGCACCUUCGUGGCGGGUGGCACCGAGGGCGGCUGGGUGGGCGAGCUGGCCCGUGACCUCGACUGCCCCACGGGGGGCUCGGUGCCGCUCGCCCGCCGGCUGGAGGACCCCCUGGUCACCCGAUGGGUGCUGGCCACCCGCGCCAGCCUGCCCGUGCCCCCCACCCUGGCAUUCGUCCUGGGGUCGGGGGGGCCCCUGCCGGCGGAGCCGGUGGCCCCCGGGGUGAAGGUGGUGAGGCUGGAGGACCCCCAGGGCCAGGAGAGCCUGGUGAAGGAGGAGGUGGGCACCUUCCUGGGGGGCACCGCCAUGCAGCCCUACAGCCAGGUGGUGGUGCGGCCGGCGGGGUGGCGUUGGCGGGGGACGGGCACCCGCAGCACCCACGGGAAGGAGGAGGGGGCCGCGGUGGCGCAGGCGGUGAGUGCCCGGCUCCGCGGGCUGCGGGAGGAGGACACCGUCCUGCUGGAGGCCCUGGUGCCCACCGCCCGCCUGCCCGUGCCCCCCCCACGCAGCCCAGCCCCACGGCUGCCGGUGGCCCUGCGCAUCUGCACCCUGGUCUGCAGGUCCUGGGGGGACCGGCCCCAGCUCUGCCAGGUGGCGUGCGGCGUGGGACGUGCGGAGGCGCCGGUGCGGCACGGGGCGACGCUGCCCCAGGGCCUGGACUCCAGCCUGCAGCAGUGGGGGGUGGUGGCCACCAGCCAGCGGCAGGCACUGGCCACGCGGCUCCGGGUGGCCUCCGAGGCCGCCAUGGCCGCCCUCCUGGCCGCCGAGGCCGAGCUGAGCCCUCAGCAGCGCGGUGGUGCCCGCGCCCACACUGACCUCCUGGGCGUGGACUUCUUGCUGGCGUGCGUGGAUGACGCCCUGGAGCUGGUGGCCCUGUCCACCAACAGCCAAAGGUGCCUGGAGACCUGCCUGCUAGCCGACGCCAUGGGGCGCGCUGUGGGGGAGCCCCACGGUGACCUGCCCCGGCUGCUGGCCGAGGCCCUGCUGCACCGGGCGCAGUGUCACCUGGUGGAGGGCAAGGACAUCCUGCUCAUCGGGGCCGGUGGCGUCAGCAAGAGCUUCGUCUGGGAGGCGGCCCGCAACUACGGCCUGAGGAUCCACCUGGUGGAGUCGGACCCGGAGCACUUUGCGGCGGGGCUGGUGGAGACCUUCCUGCCCUACGACAGCCGGGAGCACCGGCGGGACGAGGAACACGCCGAGCGGGUGACGGAGCUGCUGCGCUCCCGGGGGCUGCGGCCCCACGCCUGCCUCUCCUACUGGGACGACUGCGUGGUACUGGCCGCACUGGUGUGCCAACGCCUGGGCUUGCCCGGCAACUCGCCCGCCGCCGUCCGGGUGGCCAAGCAGAAGAGCCGGACCCACCAACACCUCCAGAGAUGCCGGGGUGGUCGCCCACCCCCUUCCACCUUCGCCGUGCCGUGCCGCCGGCUGCGGAGCCACGGGGACGUGGAGCGGGCAGCGGGCACCGUCCCUUUCCCCGCCGUGGCCAAACUGGAGUUUGGGGCCGGUGGGGUGGGGGUGCGUUUGGUGGAGACCCCCGGGCAGUGCCACGCUCACGCCGCCCGCCUCUGGCGUGACCUACGGGAUGACGCCGACCACCCGGGCAUCGGUUUGGGUUGGGGCAAUGCCAUGCUGCUGAUGGAGUACGUGCCGGGCACCGAGCACGACGUGGACCUGGUGGUCUUCCAAGGGCGUCUUUUGGGGGCUUGGGUGUCCGAUAACGGACCCACCCGCUUGCCCGCUUUCCUGGAGACGGCCGCCUGCUUGCCCUCUUGCUUGCCCCCCGACCGCUGUGCCCAACUGGUGCGGGCAGCUUUCCAGUGCUGCCUGGCAUGUGGCUUACGGGACGGGGUCUUCAACGUGGAGCUCAAACUGGGCCCCGCCGGUCCCCGUUUGUUGGAGAUCAACCCCCGCAUGGGGGGGUUCUACCUCCGCGACUGGAUCCGGGAGGUCUACGGCCCCGACCUCCUCUUGGCAGCCGUUUUGGUAGCCCUUGGGCUACCCCCCGUUUUGCCCGCUCGCCCCGUGCCCCGUACCCACUUGGCGGGGGUGAUGUGUUUGGGGUCGGAGCACGGAGGGGUGUUGGGGGGUAGCGGGGUGGGGGGGGGACUGGAAACGUUGUUGGGGUUGCAAGAGAGGGGUCUUGUGAGGCUCAACCGGCUCUUCGAGGAACCCGGGGGGGCCGGGGAGUACGAGGAGCCCUGCCUGAGCGUGGCGUGCCAGGGGGGCACGCGGGCAGAGGCCUGCCUGCGCCUGCUGGGGCUGUGCCAGGCGCUGGGCAUCGAUUCCCCCCGUUACCCCGUCGAGCAUUUCUUAUCCCACUUCAAAUAGCGCCGGGGUAGG